UGGAACUAACCAUGAAACAAACUCACAGAUGGUUUGCACCCUGACCCUCCUUGAGACCUUGACUAUAAAUAGAUGGACCAGUGAGCAUCUCUAAGCCCACAUCCAAGACUCGCAAGCCAAACUCACUAAUCAUACACGUACGUGCUUAGCUUAAGCCCUUCCGGCGAAGUCAAGUGCAAUGGCGUCGUCCAGCAAGCCCUGCGCCGCCUCCGUCCUCCUCCUGCUGCUGGCCCUCGCCGUCGCCACGGCGGCCGACGUAGCGAAGAAGAGCGUCGCGUCGGAGCCCAAGUCCAUCUUCUCGAGGCCGUCGGGAGCCAUCUUCCCGAGGCCGGCGGCGAAGGACAUCAUCGCGUCGGAGCCCACCAUCCCGAGGCCGGCGGCGGUGGACGUGUCGGCGACGUGCAUGGGGUCGCUGCUGGAGCUGAGCCCGUGCCUGGCCUUCUUCAGGGACGCGGGCACGUCCAAGGCGCCGGCGGGGUGCUGCAAGGGCCUGGGCAGCAUCGUCCGAGACCAGCCAGCGUGCCUGUGCCACAUCUUCAACCACACCCUGGAGCGGGCCAUCGGCGUCGGCAUCCCCGUCAACCGCGCGGUCGCCCUCAUCCGCGACGUCUGCGGCCUCACGCCGCCCAAGAACCUCAUGGCCAGCUGCGCCAACGGCGGGGCCGUGCCGCCGUUGUACGUGUGCCCGGCGCCCUCGGCCUGA